UCACACGAUUUUGUGAGCCUAAGCAAAGCGCACGCAGGAGUUUUCGGAGAGAUAGAAAAAUCGUCGCCAAUUAAAUAUUUAACAAAUUGUAAGGCCGAUAAACAAUUGUACAUUUAAUAUAUAUUUUCUGGAAGGCUUAUUACCGAUUUGCUCGACCUAAGUGUGCGGACCUAACCGCAUGUCCAAUUUUGGGGCGUGGACGUGAACGAAAGCCGAUAAUUAGGAUUAAACAAAGAAAAAUCAAUAUAAAGUGGCCGAUAUUGUUGAAGUUGCUAUUAAAAGACAAUUUUCUAGCAUUUCCCUUGGCUGCGGAUUUAAUUACGCCUUUGUGAAAAAUUGUGAAAAUCAAAAUGGCGUCAUUGUUGUGUGCGUGGCAAGGCGCUGCCAACCUGCUUUAACAGAAAAACUAAGUAACUUUCACAUUUUGCUUGUACCUAAAGUCAAAUUUGGGUUGUAACCAAAAACGAGGUAGAGAGACAUUUGUGCUACAAACGUUCAGACGAACGCAUGUUUUCGUAUCAAUACCAAUACGUCGUAAUAUAUAAUUUUCGGUUUUCUGAGAGUGGACAGCCUUCAGGGCUGCACUGGCUUAUCGAUUACCGAUAGCCGCGAGCACACGUCCGAAUUUCAUCAGUGCCUGAAAAAAUCGCAACGCGUAAAACACGUUUUCUGCAGCUCCAAAACAAAAAACAAAACAUUCAAGCGGAGGGAUUAUUGGUUUACUGCCAGUUGAGACAAUAAAAUAACAGCAUUUAUCAUAUUUUGGCGCUGCUGCUGGAAUUUAUUUAAUACUCGUCUUAAAAGUGAAUUGUAGGGAUAUAGCAAAAUUUUAUCCUGCUAAAUUUGUUCUCAGACUGGUGUUUUCUCCUAUUUUAGAUACUAUUGCAGUCCUUGAAAAAGCGAAUUCUUAUGGAAUUACGUAAUCAGUGGAAAUUUAGUAUCUAUUAAGACACCCAUACCAACAAAAGCGAGUGUCGGUGCACACACGCACGAUCCAACACACGCGCACACGUUGCGUAUGGUCACACCUACAAGUGUGGAAGAGAGACGGCUAUAGGGAGUUAGCGUUGCCAGAUAAAUUUUCUUCUUUCGCACGACUAACAAAGAAAAUGCCUCGUAUAGUUCCACUGCAAUUGCUGAGGUGCCUGCGGGUGCUUUUGGACAAUAAUGGUGGAAUUUUAAGUGCAGUGGAGGUGAAACGCAUUUCGGGUUUGAUGGCCAAGUAUUCAAAAAAACUCGUCUCGAAAUGUGUGUAUGUACAAAUUCUGAAAUCCACAAAGACGGAACUAUUGGGCGACUUUAUGGCGGUGGGCGGUUGGUCGCUGGUCUACACCUGGUUAAAUGAUGCCAUCAGGGCCAUGAACUGGCCGCUGGUACAGGAGAUCCUGGAACUGCUGCUCCUUUCUCCCGUGGAUGUCAAUCGCCUCAAGAUAAACUCAGCACCUAUUCUGGUCAAGGGGCUGUGCAAGGAUGGCGGCAACGAAGGUGUACGCAUUCUAGCCAAGCGUUUGGUAGAGCAGUGGCUGAAGAUUGUGACGGAAAACACAAGCAUGACGAUCCAAGGUGCUGCGCCACAUAUUGCAGCCACUACUGCCUCUCAGGUUCCUGCAUCCGUUUCUGGAGCUGGCUCCGCUUCAGUUCCGGACUCUGCCUCUUCUUCAGACAGCACUGAUAGCGCCGGAGCACCUGUGACGUAUACCAUCACCUCGGCGGCCAACAGUAGCAAUUCCAACAGCAUUACCAUCAAGUGGAAGCCUUUGUUGGACAACCCAGAUGGUGGCGACGAAACGGAUUCUGGCACACAAUCGAAAGACAACGAGGUGGAACAUCUGGAAAAGGGCUCCUCCGCAACCCACUUAUUAGCAGAUGCUAGUCUGGGGAAAAAGUCCGGGUUAGAUGAUAGUAGCUCCGCGGCGGAGGUUAAGUCUGGGGAGGACGUGGAUAAUAAGAAGCAUAAGAGCUCAAAGAGCGACAAAAGUAAACGGUCCGAGAAGGAGCGCGAGAAGGAUAGAAAGAAGGAAAGUUCAAGUCAUAGGUCCUCCUCAUCUAGCCAUAAGUCGUCCUCUUCCUCGUCAUCCUCCUCUUCGAAGAGCAGUUCUUCCAAGAGCUCCUCAUCUUCUUCCUCUUCCCAUCGCAGUUCUAGCGAUAAAUACCGCGAUAAAGACAAGGCUCGCUCAAGUUCCGGCUCCUCCAGCUCGAGCAAGGACCGGGAGCGCAGCAGCGGUUCGUCUUCUUCUUCCUCGAAUAAACACAAGUCCUCAAAGUCCUCCUCGUCGUCGUCGUCGUCGUCGUCGAGCAGCUCUGGUUCUAGUUCGUCCAAAGAUCGCAAGUCGUCGUCGUCAACUUCGUCAUCAUCCUCAUCCUCGAGGCAGGACAAGGACAAGGACAACAAGCUAAUGCCUCCGCCAGCUGUGGCAGCAUCAAAUGCUGCAGGUACAUCUCCUACAGCUUCGGCAAAGGAGAGCGACGCACAGAAGCCCAGAUCGAUUCCUAUCAUGUCCCGCAAGGCCUCCAUUUCGAUAGAAAUUCGCCGGGACACCGAAAAGACGGCCACUGUAAAGACGUACCAGUCCAAAUUCAGAUCGCAUGGCCUGACGGAAGAGGCUCCGCCUCCCCCAUCUCGCAAGGGCCUAAAGAAGCCCACAUCGUCGGCGGUUGCCGCUUCACCCGCUUUAAUGGCAGUCCCGUCUUCACUGAAGCGACCAUCGCCGCCACCCAGGGAUUUGUCCACCGACAAGAAGGCCAAGAUCGACAUCAACAACGUCGCGGGACAUGUGGAGAGGCCCGGAGCCGCCAAGCUGAUAGCGCCCAAAAAGAUUCAAACCCUGGUGGAGACCAACCUGUUCUCGGACGCCCUGGCCGCCUCCAUCGAACCCAAAAAGGUGGUGAAGCGCAAGCGUACGUCUGCAACAUCGCCCACGGACAAGGACGCGCCACUGGCGCCGCUUAAGUUCUACCAGGAUACUCUGGACGAGUCGAAGAGCGAGGAGAAGUCGGACGACAGCAGCAAGGAAAACGAUGAUGCGCGCUCCUCGUCACCUGGCAAGGACACGGAUGCCGAUGACGACGACAUUCCCCUUAAGAGGGUCAAGGAGGACAUCGAGCAAAAGGUGCAGAAGGCGAAGGCUGCGGCAGGCGGAGAAGGCGGAGAAGCGGGUAACACCUCUGACAACGCUGAAGAUCUUCCCGAGGAGCCCAAGAAGCCUGGACCUGGCUGUGGACCCGAUGGACCACCGGGAGUGCUCACGCUGCACCGCCGCAAGGGCCCGAAAAAGAAGCUAACCUGGCAGUCAGAGGAAAAGCUCACCCAGAUACGAUACUUCGAGGUCGAUCGCUCAGAGCGCGUAAAUGUGAUGAAGCAGACCUUCCUGGAAAUGAAGAACAUGGAGCGAUUCAGCGAGCGGGACGCGCUGACCAUUGCUCGGCGUGGAUUCGACGAUACCAUGGAGCCGCAAAUGGAGUGGCGGCCACUACUCGAAGUCGAUAAUGUGCCCGACCACCCGAACGGAAACCUCUCCAAGCAGCGCCAGGUGCAGAUGGACAGGGAGGCCACCACUCUAAGAGCCCUGUACUUCUCGCCCGACAUGAUUCCCGACAGUCCUGCGGAGGCGGAACUGGAACCGCAUUUUGCUCAUGACAUUCCCGUGAUACCCAUGGAUGACCUGACGGGGAAUCCGGAUGCUGUCAACGACUACAGUGCCUUGGCGUGGCCGGAGCCCAAGAAAUACGCGCCUAGCUCGGGAGUCGGAGCAAAUAUCAGCGGAUCGGACAUGGGCUUCAAUGACAAUAUGUUGACCGGACUGGGAGCUGGACCGAACCUAAUGCAAAAUCCAUUCGAUCCGUUCAUGGGAGGCAUGCCUGCUCCCACGGGAAUGCCACCCGGACCAAACAUGAUGCCAAAUCAAGUGCCCAACGGAACGCCGCAAAUCUGGCAGAACCAAAUGGGUCCGGUAGGUGGGCCGCCCGGUGUACCGCCCAUGAUGAACGGACCCGGUGGCCCCGGAAUGGAUAUGAGCAAUAUGAACAUGAACAACAUGCCACCGCAAAACUUUAUGGGCAAUCAGUUUGGAAGUCCAGUGUCUCCAUUCGGAAGCGGCCCACCACCUGGAUUCAAUCAGUACCCGCCCAUGAUGAUGAAUGGACCAGGUCCGGGACCGGUAAUGGGACCCAAUGGUCCAGUGAUGGGACCCAACGGCCCCAUGAUGAACGGCCCACCCAAUGGACCCAUGAUGAACGGGCCGCCCAAUGGAAUGGGGCCAGGACUGAUGAUGGGCGGACCUAGGAAUAACAACAACAACAACAACAGGAACAAAAACAACGGCGGCGGCAUCUGGCGCAGCGGGGGCAACAACUUCCAGGAGAACUCCGGCGGCAACUGGCGCUCAGCAGGAUCUGGCCCCAAUCGAGGAGGUGGAGGAGGCAAUGGCAACACCGGCGUCUGCAAGCAGUUCAUGCGAGGACACUGCAACAUGGGCAAGAACUGCAAGUAUGUGCAUCCGCAGAAGAAGCGCUUGUAGGACCUACCCGAAUCUUCUGCGGAAGAUUCAGCUGCAUAGAUCUCAGACGCGCAACGGAGGCCAAGAUUUCCGAAAUCGAGUCCCCACAUGAAGACUGUAUCCAGGUUAGCCGCCGCAAGUUAAUCUAAGUGUAUAUAUGUAUUCGGUAUAUUUUUGUGUAGACGCAGUCUAUCCCUAAGUUUUUAGCCUAAGAUCUGGGUUCAAUUCCCUGCCCCGCUAACUUUAUUAUUAUGCUGAUUACCAUAAGGUUAAAUAUUUAUAAGUUUAAAUUUACACAAUUAAAUAUCAAGUCAUAUGAUGC